AUGACCAACAAUAUUUUACAAGAAUGGGUUCAUCGAGUCGAAUCAUCACUGGAAUAUACUCCUGACCAAGAUACGCUGAUAGACGUGGUACAAGAGCUCUUGGCUUACCAUAAUGAACUUGAUUUAACAGCUAAAGUCGCUGCAGUGAAGAACAUCGGUUUCUUUAUGCUUGACACAAGAAUUGACAAAAAAAUAAGAACAAAAUGUGCUGAGAUGCUUGAGGAUGUGAUAGAAAAUGAAGUAGAAAUGGCAUUAAUUCAGGAACUGUUGAGGCUGUUGCCCAAGAUUCGUGAUGACAAGCUUACGAAGGGUGGACGUCGGAAUACUAAGGAGAAUCUGAGUUUAAAGCCAAAGAUGGGAUAUUCCGCUCGCGACGAAGACGAGAGACAGGCAUGGAUCCAAAACGGUGGGAAACGUAGUGUUUCGUUGUUUUACGUUGUUUUGAGAAAUUUGGCGCAUUCCGAUAUUUCCGCUAAUCUGUGGUGGAUUACUCCCGGUAUUUUGAAUGUUAUCGACGACACAACAGAUUUAGUCAAUGUACGAUUGCAGGGAGUGACUCUCUUGCAUACGUUUUUGACGUGCACUAUUGAUAUGCACUGUCCGUCCAGGUUUGAUUUCUCAAAAACUGGCGUAUUUGAGUUGUUUGAGAGUUCCUUGACAGGUAUGUGCUACAAAUUUCCUGGAGCCGACAGUGCUGAAGUUAUUUGUGAAGUUUGGAACAAUGUGUUGCCAACUCUAAUCGAGCUGUAUCGCAUUCAAUUUUGGGACAGCGAACAAAAGUACCAAAAUCAUCUUGACAAACUAUUAUCAGAUUUACUAUUGCAGUCUAUGAUACCGCGGGUGUCGUCUGAUUACGCACAGCUAAGCAUCAUAGGUUUGAAUUACGUUAGACAAAUUUUGAGAACCUUGGGUCCAGCUUCAACGCUACACAUUCAAAGGAUAAUUUACACACUGGGUGAGUAUUUUGUUCGAAAUCCGUUCAUUACGUUGUUCCCACCUCUCAUGCACGAAACUCUGCAGACAUUACAAACAGCGGUCGAAGUUUGUCCCAAUUCCAGAGUUUCUGCACACAAAUACGAUCUGCUUGCUGUUAUCGUUAUCUUAUUUGAAAAAUGUCGCGCAGAGGGUUCACUUGACGACGACAUUACGUUGAGAUUGCGAAAUUUCGUAAAACUUUUGAUAUCGUGCGGGUGCAGUUGGUCAUCCGCGGAGUUGUCGCUGCUGCAAGAUCGAAAACUCGAUGUCCUGGCAUUAGCAUAA